AUGACUGAUACAACCAGGCAAUUGUAUAACCUAACUCGAUCAGUUUGCUAUACUGGCAAGAUACCAACGAAAUAUUUUACAUUAUCACCAGUGAAUGCAAAUCGAGAGGGAGAUAAACGUAUUCUCAUCAUUCCUGGUAAUCCUGGCAUUUGCGAUUACUAUAUUACUUUUGCUAUACGAUUAUUUCAAGCUACUGGUUGCCGCUUAUCGAUCGAUUGUGUCGAUCAUGCUGGCCAUUCUGGUUUAGAAACAGAUGUUUAUACUCUUAGCCAACAGAUACAACACAAACUUGACUAUGUAAAGCAAUAUAUUCCUGAUUCUGCCAAUUUAAUACUAAUAGGCCAUUCAAUUGGUGCUCAUAUCGCUAUCGAAUUAACAAAGUCGCUACCUUAUGCAAGGGUUAUUAAGUCAUUCUUACUUUUUCCAACUAUUGAACGUAUGGCAGUUUCUCCAAAUGGUGUUAGAUUAGUUCCCAAGUUUGCUAGCAAAUUCUAUCGAGCCUCUAUGGUUUGGGGUUGCUUCUUAGUUUCUUGUCUGCCAAGAUCAUUUCUUGAAGGGCUUGUUCCUACCAAUGCAGAUAGAUAUUGUGUUGAAGCUACCAGCAGAUUAAUAAAUAAGGAUGUCGUAUCCAACUGCCUAUACAUGGCUAAUACUGAAUUUCGAGAGGUUGUCAAUCUAGAUAUGGACGGAAUUCGAGCAAAUCUUGAUCGUUUACAUUUUCAUUAUGGUCCUAAUGAUGAAUGGGCACCUCAAACUUACUACCAAGAUCUUGUAGAUAAAUUUCCCCAGGGUCAAAUAGUUCUCGACUCGGAGAACGCUCCUCAUGCUUUUGUAAUUAAAUUUUCAGAACAUAUAGCUAAUAUUGUCAGUAAGGAAAUUCUUAAAUUAUGGUAA